AUUAUUCAUACAGUAAAAUUCGUCAAAAUCAAUUCAGAAGGCUAGUUAGAUAUUGUCUUUGGACGUGUUUAAAAAAUGAUCUCAAACAUACCGGCUUUUGGCGCCUUUUCUAAUGUCAGUUGUGUCUUAACUUUUAUUAAUAUUUAUAGAAUUUAAUUGAAGGCUAAUGGAUUGAUACAUUGUUUAUAAAAGUUAUUUACUAUUUAAUAUAUUGAUUUUCUAUCUAAUUUCCUACUAUUGCUUGAAACAUGGCGAGAACAAAAGCAUCUGCCGGCGCUAAAGUGGCGUCAGGUAAAAGUAGUAAAGCAAGAUGUAGCGUAGCGAUACCUGCUAGCUCGUCAGGAUCUUCAGGCAGCAGUGAUCGGGCGGGACGCAGCGGCGGCGGCGGUGGUGGCAAUUCGGUGUGUCCACGGGAGACCCCUAAAUGGCAGAAACCCAUCACUAAUUUCUUCAUAUGCAAAGAACCUGCUCGGGGCUCUGAUAAUGAGGAUGAAGGUGCUGAAGCAUCAAGUUCUAAGCCGGAGGCUCCGAAACCAAUUGUAGACUCAGAUGAGGGUCAUAAGGUUGAGGAGAAACCGAUAAACAAAGAACUGGAUGAAACUAUUGAAUUGGAGCCCUUAACAGGGGAAGACAGCCACAAAAUAGAGGAAUAUUACCCCAAAGGGCCAAAGGGCAAGGGUAAAGGCAAAAAAACUAAGGGCAAAGAGAACAUGGACAGUAAUGUCGAGAGAAGAAACUCCGCAAAGCGUGAACUGGAAGAAAUCACUUUUGGGGAAGAGUCUGCACAUGCCAGUAAAAGGGUAAAAGUUAAUUGAUAGAUAAGUUACACUUUUAAAAUAAUCUGCCUGGUGCAGUACAAAAUAUAAUACACAUUGGGGGACCAUUCUGUUUUAAUAUAAAUGAAAUAUAGUACUAAAAUUGUUCUGUAUAAAUAAACGAACCUUUUGACCGCCA